AUGAGCUCUACUCGAAAACGUGUCAUCUCGUCCUGCAUACCAUGCUAUACUAGAAAACAAAAGGUGAGCCCGUCAGCAGAUGCAGGGAACAGCCCGGAGAGCCACCUGAGACCUGAAUCUCCUAUCUCCAUCCUCGCGGAAUCCUGCAACCGCGAGUACCCUUGUAACCAUUGCACACGCCGGCAACGCAUCGACGGCUGCAUCUACAACCCCAUCAUCUCGAGCAAUAGUACAACGUCCAGCCCCCCGCCUCCCCAUAUCGUCGAGACGCGCAGGGAUAGGGACGGAGCGGAGCAGGCUCAUCCUCCUCCACCUCCUGCCGUAACUCAUCCGCUGCGGGACAAGUGGUGCGAGUCGUUUGGCUACUUCCAUGACAGUAACAGCAACACUCUCGCCCUCAUACAAAAGCUGGGGGUAGCCUGCUACGACGACUCCCAUGCUAGCAACUUGCCCCCCCUCGGCCCAGAAGCUGCCAGCGAGCUUCUUGGUGUGAUUGAGCGCAUGCCCGACAGACAGGUCAUGGACUUUCUGGUCUACUUCUUCGCCACUGAAAUCUGCUGGUCAUUAACGCUCGCCGCCGGCAGGAUAGAUCAGCUGGUUCACGUCCCAUGGUUCCUGGAAAAGUACCAGAGAUGGAGCGCCGCCGAGUGGGCCAAGCGUGCCCCGGACGUCGAAUUCGCCGUUCUGGUGCUGCGGAUAUGCUCCUACGCACUGCAGUUCUUGCCGUCCCCGGCCUACCCCCUCGACCGCAUCCGCGGAGAGCUGCUCUCCGACCUGCGCGAGGCCUGCAAUGACGCGGCCGACAAGGCCGAGACCAUCAGCGCCGCCGCUGACAGCCGCGGAUCGCCCGUCAGAGCGCAGCAUCUCGCCUUCCUGGGGCUCAAGUACCAGGCCGAAGGCAACAUGAGAGCCUACGCCGAGGCCCUGGGCCGCGCCAUCCGCGUCGCCCAGAACGUCGGCAUGCACUGCGAUACCCCUGCUGUCGCCGCCGCCGACGAGGUCGACCGGGAGAUGGCCCGGAGGGUCUUUUGCAACCUCUACAUCGCCGACAGCCUGCUCUCCGGCCAGCUAGACCGCGCUCCAUUCCUUCCGGGACGCCUCGCCCACGGCGCUCAGCCGCAGCUGCAGCAGGACGUCGAUCCCUUUGCCGAGCGGCUCCUGCAGGCACGCCUGGCUGACUUCUGGCGCGGCGUGAACCCCCCGAGCGGCGCCGAGUACGAUGCCAUGGCGGCCGGAGAGCGCUACGACCGGUUCUGCCGCGAGUUUCUCCCGCAGUUGCCGCCGAGCUUCGCCCUCACGAGGCCCGACGAGUCUCGGGACAAGCAGUUCCCGCGGCUGCCCCUCCAGCGGCAGCUCCUGCACACGGCCGUGUACGACUCGCUGUGCUGGAACUUCCGGCCGCUGCUCCUGUGCCGGCCCGCGCCCCUGCCGGCGUACAAGGCCAUUCUCCUGAGCUUUCAGAAGAGGACCCUGGCCGUCGCCGCUCUGCGCACCCUCGACAGCGUCGGGAAGCUCCACGCGCUGCUCGGGGGUCGCCACACGCGGCUGGCCUGCAUCGUCAUCUCGACCUUUGAGGCGGCCGUCCUGCUCCUGUCUCUGCUCGCGGACCCUUCGUUCCCCGGCGAGCGCCAGCGUCCAGACACCUCCUACUCUCCUCCCACGCCGCCGCCGCCGCACGAGGAGGCCGCCGAUCCGCUGCAAGCGGGGAUCCCCGGGCUCUCGCGCUCCGGGUGUCUGCAGGCCGUUCAGGGCGGCCUGGACCGGCUGAAGAUGCUGGCCGAAGUUAGCAGUAUGGCGGACCUUGGUGCGAGCACCCUGGGCCAGCUCCUCGGCAGGCUGUCUGAGGGCGAAGGCUUCUCGGCGGCCGCCUCCACGGACGUGGCGACGACUCCGGGGGCCCGGGAGGAGGAGGACGUGGACGGCGAGUUCGGCAAGGAGACCGGGGAGUCGACGGUGGUGGGAAGCUUGCCGGCGGCGUGGUUGCACGGCGGGCCCGACCUUCCGGGCCAUCACCGCCUGGCGGUCGAAUUCGCGGCUGGCGGCGGGACGGGGACGCCGCCGGCGUCGGCUGACGUGUCUCAGUGGCUUUCGUUUGACGCGGCCAACAUCGCCAUGUACACACAAAGCGGGGACUUUUGGGGCGACCACUCGUUUUAG